UUAAUCCUGGAACAUUACAACAUGUUUUCAUAGUCACGUAUGAUCACGAAAAAGAUUCUUAAAAUUGUUAGAAAAAUAAAUUGGUACAUAUAAACAUAUACCAUAUUUUUUAUUAAACUAACUAUCAUAUAAAUAAAUUGAUUUAUAUCAACAUCAUAUAUAAAAAUUAAAUAUUUUAAAAUAAAAGAAAAUAAAUAACAUUCUUAGAUAAAUUAAACUAAAAAGAAGAAUUUGUUUUGAACAAUAGAAAUCCAAAUCUUAUAAUCAUUUUUUUAAAUAUAAUAUUCUUGUUAUUUCUGUAAUUUAUAACUAUUAUAAAUAUAAAUAAAUUAGUAUCAACUAUUAAAAAUGUAAUAACCAAUUUGAAAAUCUAUCACCAGUGUCCAGAAUUUCUGGACAAGUGGUAAAUGAAAUUUUUAGCCGGCAUGAAAGAAAAAAAAACAAAUUCGAAAAUCUCAUCUUUCCAUAUUUGUUUCUGUAAUCUCUUCUUUCCAAAAUGUACAUCAUAAAUUAUAGAAACCGUAUGCAAGAUAUAGAAACAAGGAUUUUAAUUUAAUUUAUAAAAGAAUUUCGGCCUUUAUAAAUAAGAAAAUAUAUAUUUUUUAAGUAACGUUUCACCAUAAAAAGCUGCUAAAGUUUCUAACUUCCAGUUAGUUCAUCAGCACAAACUUAAAUGAAAGAUCCUCCCCUUUCCUCCUUCUCCAUCAUCAACACCAAUUCUCAAGAAACAAAUCACCAAGAAUGAUGAAUAAACCAUAAAUGUUUCCUUCAGAUGGGAAAAUUCAUUAGUAUCACCGCGUCUCCGCCUCUCUACGUCCGAUCAAAGCUCCUCUGUUUCUCACUUCUCUACUUCUUCACCACACUUUCUCUGUUCCUCUACGUCUCUCUCUCAAGAAACCAAUGCGUCUUUCGAUAUUCACCUUUUGAUCCGGUCCAAACAAAUACUUUCUCUUAUCCUUCUUCCUACGGUGAACACAAAUACGCUCUUCCCACCCACAGAUCUUCUUGCUCUUCCCCUGUUUUCUUUUCAGAUUACUGGACAGUGUUGAAUGAGAUACAGAGUAUAUGCAGCGACUCAUCAUCGUCGGAGAAGUUGAGAUACAUUAAUGGAAAUAGCGAAUCUUUCGGUGGAAACUUCAGUACACAGAAGAGAUUUUCUUAUUUCAAUCAUUCGGACAAUGACGUCGAAGUUCCAUGUGGUUUCUUCAGAGACUUUCCGGUCAGCGACUCCGAUAGAGCUGAGAUGGAGAAAUGUGGACUAGUAGUUGCAUCAGCCAUUUUUAACGACCAUGACAAAAUCAGACAACCAGUGGGACUUGGAGUUAAAACCCUUGAAACCGUUUGUUUCUACAUGUUCAUUGACGACAAAACACUAAACUCUCUCUUUCACCACAAUGUCAUCCCUAAAAACAAUCCAAGAGAUUACAGAGUGGGCGCAUGGAGAAUCAUCAAAAUCUCAAAAUCCGAAAAUCUAUACCUCAAUCCGGCUAUGAACGGUGUUAUACCAAAGUAUCUUAUACAUAGAUUGUUUCCAAACUCACAGUUCAGCAUUUGGAUUGACGCCAAAAUCCAGCUCAUGAUCGAUCCGCUUCUUCUAAUUCAUUCUAUGUUAGUAGUGCCUGAUGUUGAUAUGGCGAUAUCUAAGCAUCCUUUUUUUGUAAAUACGAUGGAGGAGGCUAUGGCUACGGCGAGGUGGAAUAAAUGGGGAGAUGUCGAUGGGCUAAGGAUGCAGAUGGAGACUUAUUGUGAGCAUGGUUUGAAGCCUUGGAAUUCUCAUAAAUUGCCAUAUCCCACAGAUGUACCAGAUAGUGCGUUGAUACUGAGAAAACACGGAAUAAGAAGCGACCUAUUCUCGUGCUUCAUGUUCAACGAGUUAGAAGCGUUUAACCCGAGAGACCAGUUGGCCUUUGCAUUUGUGAGGGAUCACAUAAACCCAAUGGUGAAAAUGAACAUGUUUGAGGUCGAAGUUUUUGAACAAAUAGUUGUUGAAUACAGACACAAUCUCAAGAAGAUAAAGACAUCUUCGUACGAGGAACAAGAAGAAGAACAGAAACAAAAGUCGUUACGGAUAAUACAGAAGAAACGAAGAUGGUUAGAUUAUGGAUCUUGGUCUCUCAACGGUAGUAGUUGUAAGAGUUAUCUCAUGGAGAUGUGGGAUGAUCACCAUUGAUUACUUUUUUGUAUUGAGCUGGUAUUUUAAGUUGUUAAUAUUUAUUUUCACUAUAAGUUCAAUGUUGAGGUUUUUUCUUCAUUACUAACAUUUUAAAGUAGUUCUAGUCAAUACUAUGAUUUUCGA